UACUCAGUAGAAAGGCAUGCCAUCCUUUAGAACAGGGACCUGAAGUGAGCUACUUGGCUCAGCUUGGUACAGCCCAGCCGGUGUAUUUCAGUUCAGUCCAGCUCAGCCCAGCAUGGCAUGAUAUGGAAGAUGGGCAGACCUCAGUGCAGCACGACACAGCACAACUUAGCUCAGGUGGGAUGGCAGGGGAGCCAGCAUGGGUUAACUGGCUCAGCAUGGCUCAGCCCGGCAUGCCUCAGUGCAGUUCAGCUGGGUUGGCACAUUCUGCCUUGGCUCAGCUCAGCUCAACAUGAUACAGGGCAAAGUUAUGUUUGUUACAUAGCAGAAUAACCAGAGGCCUCAUCUGGCUUGGCUCCACUUGCCCUAGCCCAGUUUUGUUCAGUGCAGUUCAGCUUGGUUGACUUGGACAAGCAGGGCUGGCACAGUUCAGCUCAGGAGAGCCUGGUCUGGCUUGACUUAGCUUGACCAUGCACAGUUCAGCUCAAAAUAACCCAGUUUGGUUGAGCACAAUAUGGUGCCACCAGGAACCCACACCAAUAGGGCCUGCUUGGCACAGCUUAGCCUGGCACAGUGGCAGUUGGACAGCAUUCAUGCAGAUGUGAGGGGGUGGCAGUAGGGUGAUGUAGCCCCACCGACUCCCCACCACACAGUGAUACUGGUGCCCCAAGCUCCACUGCCUGCAGGCAAACACAUGCAGCUGGCUCCUGUCUGACCUACCCAAGCCAGCUCCCACCCUGUCCAUAUCCUGCCGGCCACCCUAGGGCGUGCAUGGCAGUUGGGCCAUUCUUCACCUUUGUCUUUCCCCUGCCAGGCCCAGGAGAGGCAGCUGUGCCACUUGGGAGAAAUUGAGGCAGGGGGAGGAGGCAGCGGAUGGCAGCCUGGGAUGGUGGGAGUGGAUCGGCAAGGAUUCCCAGAGCCCUAGAGUCCUGCUCCUCCCCUUCCCGCCUGGAGCCACGACUCUUACUCAUCUCCUUUCCAGACAACACAGCAAGCCUGGAAAGCUCUGCUCUGCAAGCAGCGCCUGCGGCCCCUGGUUGCCUGCCAUGGCCUGGGAUGGUCAGCUUGCAGUGCCAGGCUGGUGAGCCACCCUAGGCUUGUUCAUUCCCAAUGCUGGAAGGGUCUCAAGUUUUUCUUGAUAGACCCUGUCCACAGGCACCUGUCUUGAAUUCUGCCUGCUCCCUGCACAGCCCAGCUGCAGGCAGCCCAGUAUAGCCAGAGUGUCACAGGGUGCAGGGUGGAGUGGUACCUGGGCUAUUGUAGUGCUGGAGCCCACCCAGGAGAGGUGGGCUCCGGCCUCCCCCCCUUCCCCCAUACAGCCUUGACAUGUCCACCAUCCUGACCCAAAUCUCCUGCUCUCCCCUAUGGCCUUCCCACCUGCCUUGUCAUGCCCCCCACUCAUGACUGGCUGCUGCCAUGCCUGGACUUAGCUCGUCUGUCCCUUGUGUGCUUUCCCAAAUGAGUAGCCAGGGCUGCCUGGCCAGGGAAGGGUGCCCUGGCUCAUCAUCACAUGGCCCCACAGCACAUUUAGCACUACACACAUUACCACACAGCCCUCCGAGCUCUUGGCACUGUGCCCAGCUGGCACCAGAAAGGGUGGGCAGCAGAUAUUCAGUACAACCCCGUGAGCUCUCCCCAUGUCCCUCUGCCUGCACCAGUGAUCCCCAACCAGUGUGCUCACUCCCUGGCCACUUCCAUCCCAGCAGAAGAGCAACAGUGUACUGUGGGUCUGAGCACAACACCAGGGGCUCUGGAGGUAGCACUGGCUGCAGCUGCCCACACCAGAUGCUGCAGUGUGCCCAGAGGGCCUUUCCCAGGCAAGCACCAUGGAGCCACUGUUCCCACAUGGAAAGUGCCUCGAAUGUCCCAUGCCAGCAGGAGGGUGGACAUCAUGCUCAUAACCUCUUUGCUUUGAGCAGGUGCUGGCAAAAAGACCUGGAAACUGGUCAAGGUAGGCAAAGUUGUGGGCAUGCUGAUGGUGAUGGCAGGAUGAUGCCUACAGUGGGGUACUGCUGGCUUACCCAGACAUACUUAGCACUGUUGGGUUCAGGGUCACUCUGCUCACCCAUGUGCUUUAGUACCAGCUGGAUAGAGUGAGGCACUGGGCAGCCUGGCUGUGCUGCAAGGUUGUUGGGAAGCAGAACCCCCAGCAGAACUGGCCUGCUUGGGCCAGUGCAGACCAGCUUGCAGCAAUGAGCACAAAGGUGCUGAGCCACUGCUGGAGAGUCAGCACAGAGUAGAGGGAGUUGGAGGGACUCUUAUCACAUGAAAGCACCCUCUCAGGCUCUCUCUGGCCCCAUUUACCUGGGGCCCAGGGAGCUCCUGCCUCUUUAAAACUUGAUUGAGUCCAUGCCUUUAAAAUGGGCCUGGGUAGGGACCUCCUACCCUGUAGGAGGAGGCUGAGCCAGGAGCAGGUGGGCUGAGUGAGCUGGUUCUCCUACCCCACUUCACCCCACUCCCCUACCCCAGAACCUUUACAGCCCCUAUAGCCAGGCUCUGUUGGGCUAGCUUUGCUCCUUUGCUCUGGGUUUUAGUCUGGAAUUUGUACCCCUUUUUGCAUACAGAAUCCUCCCACAUUUCUGUUCCUAUGCCAAGCUGAAACAGCUAGUGUGGUUGUCCUGUUUUUAUAGGAGCUGGAAGCACCCUGGGAUCCUUUUGCUGGUGCCCACAGUCAGCUCUGCCUCUCAAGUGGGGAAAAGCAUGACUGCAGGUUCUCCCUAAUUAUUCUGCUGGCCAUCCCCACCUUGUCCCACUUACCUGCUCCCUCCCCAGACACACACUCACCUAUCAUGGCUAUGUCCUAUCCUUUCACCAGCCUCCUCCUCCUCCUUGUUGUGCCCCUUUCCCAGGCUGCAAAACAGUCCCCACUGCCUCUUGGCUCCCUGCCUGCUGUCCCCAACCUGCCCCUCCUGCAGGCUCUGCAAAUGCGGGCCCCAGGCAGCCCAGGCUGGCAAGUGGGGCCAGCCAGUGGGCAGCCCCUGCGCUACAUGCUGAAUCUGUACCGACGUGCUGCUGACCGCGAAGGCCGUCCCCGCCGCAGCCGCAGCCUGGGCACCAACACCAUCCGCCUGGUCCAGGCCAGUUCUCAUGGAGGUCAGCCCUGGGCAGGUCGCUGGUACUUCCAGGCCCUCACCUACCACCUGGAAGGCCAGCCAGAAGCUGAGCACCUCCUCAGAGCCACUGUGGUCUACCUGCCCAGUCUGUCACUGACCCACAGUCGCCUCCUCUGCGCUCUGGAGCUGGUGGUGGCCGGCGAGGCACGCAGGGUGCUGCUCAGCCCUACUACCCGCCCCCACCAUGGCUGGGCCGAAGUGGAUGUCACCUCUUUCCUGGUGCUGGGGAACAGCAGUGUGGGGAGCCUGGUACUGCGCCAUGUCUGUGUGCGUGCUGGCCGAACAGGAGGCCAUGAUGCCCCAGUGGCCCCUGGCCACCCUUUUCUCCUUCUUUACCUUAACGAUACCCAGGCAGGGUUGGCACCUCCAGCAGCAGAGCCCCACCGACACCGACGUGAUACAGGGACAUUGGCUCAUGACCUGUCCAACUACCUGCGGGAGCAGGGAGGGGAGAAGAGUGACUGUUCCCUCCGCCCCUUCCCUGUCAGUUUUGCACAGCUGGGCUGGGACCACUGGAUCAUCGCUCCCCAUCGCUACAACCCACGCUACUGCAAGGGCACCUGUCCCCACCUACUCCGGUAUGACUACCAUGCACCCAACCAUGCUGUGGUGCAGAGCUUUGUUCAUCAGCUUGUGGAUGCCAAUGUGCCCCGGCCGUCCUGUGUGCCCUACCGCUACAGCCCCAUCAGUGUCCUCAUGAUUGAGCGCAAUGGAGGCAUACUGUACAAGGAGUAUGAAAAUAUGAUUGCAGAGUCCUGCACUUGCCGGUAAUUUCCACUGCCCCAGCACAUCACCCCUGGGCUCUGCCUCUUCCUGCAGAUCUGGACUUUAGGGUUUAUCUUGCUCUGCCUGGGGCUCACUCAGCUCAUCUCCCCUCCCCAUACAGUGCUGCUCAGUGGGGAGGUUUUACAAUGACAGUUUUAUGUAAAUUGUGGAUUUUUAAAGGCAGGAACCUGUGCUGGGGUGGUUGCCCCGUGGCAUCUGUCCUUCCUGCAGCCCCCAUGGCUGCUGCCUGGUUUUGGUGGGCAGGGGGGCUUGGCCUGAUGUUCUCAGAGAUGAGCUGUGUCCCUAAACUGGAGUGCGAAGCUCUUAGGAGGUGGCUGCAGUCUCCUGGUGGAACCAGGGCAGGGAGGGUAAGAAGUCCAGAUGUCUCUGUGCUUUGCAUUUGACACAUUGGUGGUGUCUGGAUCUGAUGUGACCCUGUCUCUGUGGCAUUCCUUCCCAACCCCCAUGCAUCCUAUCCCUAUCUAGUCUCAGCUGCAGAGGCAUCUCACCAGGCUGAGAAUUUGGGCUGGAGGGAGGAAGCCUCUCUCCUCCCCUGCAGCUCUGCUCUGGAAGGGCUAUGAAAAACUGGAGGAACCUGAGCUGCCAUCUCUGCUUCCAGUGCUAGAGGCCAAGGCAGCUGCUUGUGCUGGGCUCUGCCUGCUGUUUCCUCUGACAUACUUGUUCUUCAGCUCCUUGGCUUGCCCUCUAGCAGGGCUCAGGUCUUGUUCUAUCCCAGAGGUCAGACUCCUGUUGCAGAUGUCUCUCUACCUUCUUGCACUCUUGCUAUCACACAGGCCCUGGGCUCUGCUGGGCUCCUGGCAUGUCCCUAUUCCCAGAAGGGUCAGUCCCGCUCUCAGCACCCCUGCUGCCUGAC